AUGGGCAAGAAAGAAGCCUGGAACGAUGCUCGCGGCCGUAAUUGGCUGCCAGCGUGUGUCCAAGGGAACGACGCCUUAAACGCAGACCUGCUUUACGACUUGGCGAUAAAUCUGACGCCGAAACAACUCCUCAGGGGAAGAGACCUGAUCGGCACCCGCUUUCAUGAGGUCGACUUUUACGAGCUGGCAAUAAUUGACGAGUUCGACGACGACCGGCGAUUACGUGAUGUGUGGUCAGUUCAGGAAUGGCAUGGGCAACGGGUGGCUGAUUGUGGACCAGGGCCAAUCCCUUUGGGACGAAACAGCAUCGAAGGCUUACUGGUCAAAUGUAAGCGAUUGCGGGGAUUGGUCGGAAUGCUAAUGCUUAGAGACACGUUAUGCGACGGCCAAGACCUCGUCAUGGCGCGUUUACGGCUCCCUCGUCGUGGGUGCAAUGCAUCAUAUUUCAGAGCAAUCGUUUCAGCGCCGCAGAAGUGCGUCGAUUUCUUCAGGGCAUCGAAGACCAUCGCUCAUCGGCCAGCAGCCGUCGCGGGCGUCGAAAGGCCCAGGGGAGAAUUUGGCACUUUCGGAGACGUUGCUGAAAAGCGGUCAAUUAAGGCGACGAGUCAUCGUCGCCGCAGAGUAAGGCAUCGUUUUGCGUAG